AUGUCCGUCAAAGAUAAAGUGGACAGUACUGAGCGUGAAGUCGCGAUGCCUCAAGCCCCCGCUGCUGCAUCAACGGGGAACCCAUCCAGCCAUGACCUUGCUGAGGAACUGGCCCUUGAAGCCACCCACCAUGUCGAGCAGGUUGGCUGGAAAUUCCUCAUGGAGCCAUAUACAGUUGGCUCCCUUGCUGCCAUGUCCUUCGGCUUGUUCAAUGCUGCGUGGGGGUUUGCUCCUCCUGCAGCCGUUCUGCUCUGGAUCAACAAUGAUAUCGGAUCUAACUCCAAAACAAAUGCCGCCCUCUUUUCCGUUAUGCAGACCCUGGGAACAACUCUUGGCUAUAUGUUCGUUGGUCGUUUGUCCGAAAUCUAUGGCAGACGAUGGGUCAUGAUUAUAUUCACACUUUUUGGGUUGGUCGGAUCCAUCAUUGCUGGAACCUCUCAGGAUCUCAACACUUUCGUUGGAGCAAAUGUCCUCCUUGGUCUCUCCACUGGUGCUCAGUGCUGCUAUGCGUUUCUAGCCGGAGAACUCAUGCCUAAUAAGCACAAGAUGCUUGGAAUGGCCAUAGUCGUUAUCUUCUGUCUUCCUGGAACAUCCCUGGGCGCGUAUCUUGCACGGUCCCUCGUCGAGCAAGCUUCGUGGAGAUGGAUUUAUUAUAUCUAUAUUAUUGCUCAGACCAUUUCCCUUGCCCUGUACUACUUUUUCUACUUUCCAAGGGAAGCAGCACAGGCUUACAAUAAGAUCGAGCAAACGAAGAAACUGGACUUUGUCGGAAUAUUUCUCUUGCUUGCCGGCCUUGUCUUAUUUAUUGUCGGCAUCAUGACUGGUGGAUCUCCAUAUCCUUGGAAGUCGGCCAAGAUAAUAGGAAUGGUCGUAUCAGGGGGCAUUAGUCUCAUAGCCCUUUGUGUGUGGGAGCACUUUCAGGGAGAGAACGCAUUUUUUGCUGUUCAUCUAUUCAAAGACGUUUGGGGCUUUGGAAUGAACUGCAUAUGCUCGGCAGUGGGAGGAAUUUCAUAUACCGCGUUGAGCAUCAUUUGGCCAACUCAGGUCGCAUAUAUGUACAGUGCCGGAUCGAGCUGGGAAACCGUCGCAGCUAUAUCUUGUACAGUUGGCUUCGGCCUCUGGGGAGGAAUGGUCUUCCUAGGACCUCUGUGGGGCCCCAUCGGACAUCCAAAAAUGACAUUGAUCGUCUCGAAAAUGUGGAUGGUUGCCUUUACCGCAGCCCUGGCUAAUUGUAAUCCGGACAAUAAAAAAUUCGCAAUUGCUUGUUCAUUCCUUGCGGCGCUGCCCAUCGGUUUUGUUGAGCAACAGACUGGAGCUAUUGCUCAGCUCGUGGUGAGCGAUAAACACAUCGGAACCUCUUUCGGAACUAUGGGAUGUGUGAGAGUGGGUGUUGGUGUGAUUGGAACUGCCAUCGUCUUGGCUAUCUUGUCUGCAAAAAUCCCCACCGAACUACAAGCCCAUGUCGUGCCCGCCGCACUCAACGCAGGCCUUCCUAAAUCGUCGAUCGCUGACCUCUUCGCCGCCCUAACUAAGGCCACAGCGGAAGCAAUGGCCGCUGUUCCCGGUAUCAACAGCGAAAUCAUCGCUGCUGUGAGUAGAGCUCAGCUCGAAGGAUACGCAGCUGCCUAUCGUUAUAUCUACUUUGCAACGAUUCCAUUUGGGGUCGUAGCAACUGCGUCUGCCAUCGCUCUGCGCCCGAUCAAACACUUACUCACCAACCAUGUGCCGAAAAUUGUCGAGCAUCCACAGACGCAUCUUGGCAAGGAUGACUUAGAAAAGUCUGCGGCUUGA